UCGCAGUGUGUCUUAACAGUCCUAGGAAACAACACCUGGGAGGUUGAGAGAAUUUGAAGAUCAAGAGAAAGAGCCCCAAAAAGGAAAUUAACAACCAUGAAGUGCACGAUCGCUAUUCUGUUGCUGGGAGUGGCUGUGGCUCAGGCUCACUACGUCCCAACCAAGCAUCAUGGCCACCAUCACGCCACAAAUGAGCUGGAUCAGGGUGAAGACUACUUGUGGGAUGAUUCUCACGCCGAGGCGCCACGCAAGUGGACUGGACCUAUCCACGUGCCUGUGAUCAAGAAUGGAGUCCCAACUGAGACACCCGAAGUGCGCCACGCUAAGGCUCAUCUUGAGCACAAGCUGGCCGAAGCCAAGAGCCAUGCUGACUACCAUUCCGAGGAGGAUUGCGACGAAGAAGAGAAGAAGUCUCAUCACGCUGUCGCUCAUCAUGCUCAUCACGUUGCUGAACAUCAUGCUCAUCACCAGCAAAAGUGGACCGGACCCGUUCAUGUGCCCGUAAUUGAGCACGGAGUCCCAACUGAGACACCUGAAGUUCGCCACGCCAAGGCUGCCAUCGCCCACAAGCUGGCCGAAGCUAAGAAGCACUCUGGACAUCACGAGAACAAGUGGCAGCAUCACGAAGAACACGAACAUCAUCACUACGAACCUCAUCACCAGCAAAAGUGGACCGGACCCGUUCAUGUGCCCGUGAUUGAGCACGGUGUCCCAACUGAGACCCCUGAAGUUCGCCACGCCAAGGCUGCCAUCGCCCACAAGCUGGCCGAAGCUAAGAAGCACUCUGGACAUCACGAUGAGUAUGAACAUCAUCACUACGAACCUCAUCACCAGCAAAAGUGGACCGGACCCGUUCAUGUGCCCGUGAUUGAGCACGGAGUCCCAACUGAGACCCCUGAAGUUCGUCAGGCCAAGGCUGCCAUCGCUCACAAGCUGGCUGAAGCUAAGAAGCAUUCUGGACAUCACGAGAACAAGUGGCAGCAUCACGAAGAACACGAACAUCAUCACUACGAACCUCAUCACCAGCAAAAGUGGACUGGACCCGUUCAUGUGCCCGUGAUUGAGCACGGAGUCCCAACUGAGACCCCUGAAGUUCGCCACGCCAAGGCUGCCAUCGCCCACAAGCUGGCCGAAGCCAAGCAACAUCCUGAAUACGAAUCUCACGAAGAAGAGGACAAGUGGGCCCAUCACGGCAAUCACCAUCAGCAGCAACAUCAUGUGGCUCAGUGGGCUGCCCCAGCUCAUCACGAGCACGCUUCCCAUCACGGUGAGCACCGCUGGACUGGUCCAGUUCAUGUGCCAGUGAUCAAGCACGGUGUACCCACUGAGACGCCUGAGGUGCAGCACGCCAAGGCUCUUCUGCACGCCAAGCACGCCGAGGCCAAGGCCCAUCCCGAAUACAAGGAGAAGGAUUGUGACGACGAAGAGGCUCAUCACGCUGCCGGAUUUGCUGAGGCCGUUCAUGGAGAUCAUCAGACGCGUCACUGGUCUCACGGAGCUCACAAAUUCCACUUCUAAGCACGCAAAGGGAUCCCUUCUGCGGAUUGUUUGAAUAUUGAAAAUAAAUGAGAUUCUGAAGCAUUAA